GUUGUAACAAUAAAUCUAUCCGUUGGGAGGCUGGACUCUCAAUCUGAAGAGGACACCAUUUACAUAUAAGCGUUUAUCACUAUCAUUAGGCACAAGCAAAAAGGAGAGGAACUCAAUAUUUUUUAGGCAGCUGGUGCCUUUAAGAUUUGUGGGUUUUUCCCUUCAAUAUACACAAAAAGAGAGAUGUGGAGAGAGGUGCCCAUGUGAGAUGCUUUAACUACAGCUGCUGCUCUCGCUGAGGUUGGUAAUGAUAAUGGCCCCUCUUUACUGUGUCUCCCCUCCAUGAGAAUCACUUGGGUAGCGGUUCAAGAUUGUGACUUGGUGGUUCCUUAUUUAUCAAAAUCAAGUCUUGAGCUUGCUUGAGCAAAGCCACUGCUCAUAUGGGACGCUAUCCCCCUCGUCAGAACAACAGAAGAGGAGCUAUGCCUAUUCUUUUUGUGUUGCUUCUUCCUAUUUUAUUUCCUAGUCUUUUUACCCCUUUGAGCCAUGCUUCACCAUCCAUUAUCUCGGAGUGGAAUACUCCAAAACCUAGGCAUUCACGUCUACUCAAGGGUGCUUUGCAGCGUGAAACUUCACUUGAGCAGCAGUCUGAAUUAUGGACACCAUUGCCUAAACAAGAAUGGAAAACGUGCAAAGUCUUGGGCAUAGCAUCAAGAUUGCCUGAAUCAUCAGAAGGUUACAUUCAGGUGUUCCUAGAUGGCGGACUGAAUCAGCAGAGAAUGGGGAUUUGUGAUGCUGUUGCUGUUGCAAAAAUUCUGAAUGCAACCCUUGUUAUCCCUUAUCUGGAAGUCAACCCUGUUUGGCAAGAUUCAAGCACAUUUAUGGAAAUCUUUGAUGUGGAUCACUUCAUCAGCGUACUUAAAGAUGAUAUUCGUGUAGUUAAGGAGUUGCCUGAUGAAUACUCAUGGAGCACUCGGGAGUAUUAUGCUGCAGCCAUUCGAUCUACCAGAAUUAAAACAGCUCCUGUUCGUGCUUCAGCUCAUUGGUAUCUGGAGAAUGUCUUGCCUGUCCUGCAAAGCUACGGGGUUGCCGCAAUCGCUCCAUUUUCUCACCGAUUGGACUUUGACAACAUGCCUAUGGAAAUCCAACGCUUGCGCUGCAAAGUGAACUUUCAAGCCUUAGUUUUUGUGCCUCACAUCAGAGCUCUUGGAGACGCUCUCGUCAGUCGCCUAAGGUAUUCCCCUAGCAGGAAUGAGAUGGUGGGUGAUAACUACAUCAGGGAGGUUAGUGGUUCUAGAGACGACCAGGCAGCAGGGAAGUUUGUUGUCCUACAUCUUCGGUUUGAUAAGGAUAUGGCUGCUCAUUCAGCUUGUGAUUUUGGAGGGGGCAAGGCUGAAAAACUGGCUUUGGCAAAGUAUCGCCAAGUAAUAUGGCAAGGAAGGGUCUUGAAUUCUCAAUUUACUGAUGAGGAGUUGAGAAGUCAGGGGCGGUGCCCACUGACACCAGAAGAGAUUGGACUUGUGCUUGCAGCUUUGGGAUUUGACAACAAUACCCGCCUAUAUCUGGCAUCCCAUAAGGUCUAUGGUGGCGAAGCCAGGAUUUCAACCCUACGAAGCUUGUUCCCGCUUAUGGAAGAUAAGAAGAGCCUUGCGUCUUCAGAGGAAAGAGUCAAGAUUAAAGGAAAAGCUUCCUUAUUAGCUGCGGUUGAUUACUAUGUCAGCAUGCACAGCGAUAUAUUUGUUUCUGCUUCUCCAGGAAAUAUGCACAAUGCCAUGGUGGGACAUCGAACUUAUAUCAAUAUGAAGACCAUAAGGCCUAACAUGGCAUUGUUAGGCCCUCUCUUCCUAAAUAAAAACCUGACUUGGCCUGAGUUCCAAGAGGCAAUAAUUGAAGGCCAUAAAAAUAGACAAGGGAUUAUCAGACUACGCAAAAAAGAGCAGUCCCUUUAUACCUAUCCUGCUCCUGAUUGCAUGUGCCAAGCAUAAUACUACUGCUUCUAGUGUUCUUGGAUUGAAGAAUUAGCUACCACUGGUGCCUGCCCUCUCAGAUUUUACCAUCCGUACAUGCAUCUAUUAGCUGUGUUGGCUUAUGUUAGAAGGAAUAAGUGAUUAGUAGGAAUAAAGUGCGACCCCUCCUCUGGUACAGCCAUUCGUGUUAUUUUCACUUGUGAGAUAUAUAUGAUAGGGAGUGAGAGAGACUUUAGUAGAAUGUGGGGUUGUGUUCUGUUUGGUCAGAAUUGAUAGCAGAAUCAUGAAUAGCCUAUCAAAGACAAAAGCUCUCUUGUAUCAUACUACCAUUCAUUUAUGUGAUUGAUUUUUUUGUCCAAGGGAA